GACAGCGGUCAUGGGACGCUGACUCACUGCCGGCCAGACCACCUGACCUCCGCGGCGGGAGGAGAGGGCCCUACCAGGGGGUUCCCGCCGCGCCUUGUUUACCUUCGGGAGGCCUUGGCCUCGCGUGGGGGCAGGGCGGCCGCUGGGGCCGCAAGGCGUGCGGGGAAGGGCCAGAGCCGGGGUCUCCACCUCAGCUUCCCAAAGACCCCCCUUCUGUGCCACCUUCUCCCCACCCCCCAGUCUCUUCACCUGCCCCCAGCCCCCGCGGAAACUUCCCGCGAUCCCAAACGGGCCAAAUGGCGAGAAGGCAAAGGAGCUUCUUCUUGGGGGUGAGUGGGGCGCCUUGAGCGCUUCCUCAAAGCUAUGUUCCCAGAGCCAGAGGGCUUUCCUUGUGUCCCUCACCCUGCUCAGACCGGGCCAUAGCGGGGGGCUGGGGCAGGAAAGCCGGCCCUCGGCGGGGGCCACGUGGCUCUCAGGCGCCUGGGCUGCUGAGUCACGCUUGGCCAGCACCCGUCUGUAGGCCGCAGCCUCUGCCAGCACGCCCCUCUGUGUCCCUACCCCUGUCUGCAAGGCAGUGGCUCCAGCAGGCCCUGGGGCAUUUUCCACUCUCCACUGCUGGAUGCAGGGAGAGGCCUGAACCCUCGCCACAGGGCUGCUCUGGGCAGGGUGGAAGCCUUGCCCACUUCGGAGCCCUCCGGGAAGGAUUAUUCACACCUGUGGACCAGGCCCUGCUGUGCGCACACGAAGGAUUAUUCACACCUGUGGACCAGGCCCUGCUGUGCGCACACGAAGGAUUAUUCACACCUGUGGACCAGGCCCUGCUGUGUGCAGACGAAGGAUUAUUCACACCUGUGGACCAGGCCCUGCUGUGCGCACACAUCACCUUCGCACCUGACUGGCCCCAUCCAGCUACUCUUCCCUCCCUCCCUCUGGGUUUCCUCCCCUGGGAGGUUUCUCCAGCUCCUGCACGCCCUGGCCUGAAAUGGCAGGAGUUGGACCCAGCAGGUUCUGACCUGCCCCUCACAGGACCUUGCCUGGGGGCUCCGGAGGGUGACCACUCGUCCUGCCCCUCUCCUUGCCCCAGUUCUGGCGGACAGGUUACUUUGGUGGCAUAAAGCAGUGUUUCUUCGUUCCUAGCUGAGGAGACUGUUGGCUGACCCCCUUGGCUGCCCAUAAGGCCAACGGGCCUGAGCCCCCACAGGGCCAUGGGCAUUACCUGCUGAAUCGAGGAGCUCAUAAGGAGUCACUUGGACCACAGUGAACACUUGGCGACCACUGACACUCAGGAGACCUUAGCUGGUCCUCCAGCACCUCUCAACUCCACUCCUACUAAACUGGGAACUUCUCUGGUGCUCAGGCCAGAGUCGGGGUCCGUCACCGAGGGUGCUAUGCGCUAUGAGGACGGGGACUUGGUUGCCUUUUCCAGUGAUGAGGAAUUGACAAUGGCCAUGUCCUAUGUGAAGGAUGACAUCUUCCGAAUCUACAUUAAAGAGAAAAAAGAGUGCCGGCGGGACCACCGCCCACCGUGUGCUCAGGAGGCGCCUCGCAACAUGGUGCACCCCAAUGUGAUCUGUGAUGGCUGCAAUGGGCCCGUGGUAGGAACCCGCUACAAGUGCAGCGUCUGCCCAGACUACGACUUGUGUAGCGUCUGUGAGGGAAAGGGCUUGCACCGGGGACACACCAAGCUCGCGUUCCCCAGCCCCUUCGGGCACCUGUCUGAGGGCUUCUCGCACAGCCGCUGGCUCCGGAAGAUGAAACACGGGCACUUCGGGUGGCCAGGAUGGGAAAUGGGUCCACCAGGAAACUGGAGCCCACGUCCUCCUCGUGCAGGAGAUGCCCGCCCUGGUCCCACGGCGGAAUCAGCUUCUGCUCCAUCGGAGGAUCCCAGCGUGAAUUUCCUGAAGAACGUGGGGGAGAGUGUGGCAGCUGCCCUUAGCCCUCUGGGCAUUGAAGUUGACAUUGAUGUGGAGCACGGAGGGAAAAGAAGCCGCCUGACCCCCGUCUCUCCAGAGAGUUCCAGCACAGAGAAGAGCAGCUCACAGCCAAGCAGCUGCUGCUCUGAACCCAGCAAGCCGGGUGGGAACGUUGAGGCCGCCACGCAGUCUCUGGCGGAGCAGAUGAGAAAGAUCGCCUUGGAGUCCGAGGGGCGCCCUGAGGAACAGAUGGAGUCGGAUAACUGUUCAGGAGGAGAUGAAGACUGGACCCACUUGUCUUCAAAAGAAGUGGACCCGUCUACAGGUGAACUCCAGUCCCUACAGAUGCCAGAAUCCGAAGGGCCAAGCUCUCUGGACCCCUCCCAGGAGGGACCCACAGGGCUGAAGGAAGCUGCCUUGUACCCGCAUCUCCCGCCAGAGGCUGACCCACGGCUGAUUGAGUCCCUCUCUCAGAUGCUGUCCAUGGGCUUCUCUGAUGAAGGCGGCUGGCUCACCAGGCUCUUGCAGACCAAGAAUUAUGACAUCGGGGCGGCUCUGGACACCAUCCAGUAUUCAAAGCAUCCCCCGCCAUUGUGACCGCUUUUGCCCACCUCUUCUGUGUCCCCCUCUUCUGUCUCAUAGUUGUGUUAAGCUAGUGUAGAAUUGCAGGUCUCUGUACAGGCCAGUUUCUCUGCCUUCUUCCAGGAUCAGGGGUUAGGGUGCAAGAAGCGAUUUAGGGCAGCAAAACAAGUGACAUGAAGGGAGCAUCCCCGUGUGUGUGUGCUGAUGUUUCCUGGGUGCUCUGGCUCCUUGCAGCAGGGCUGGGCCUGCGAGACCCAAGGCUCGCUGCAGCAUGCUCCUGACCACUCCCUGCAGGGGCUACAUUAGCAGCCCAGCACAUAGCUUGCCUAAUGGCCUUCCACUUUCUCUCUUUUUUUUUUUUUAAAUGACUCAUAGGUCCCUGACAUUUAGUUGAUGAUUUUCUGCUAGAGACCUGGGACGCUCUGAUUUUAGACAAAGUAAGCCUAGGUGUUGUCAGCAGGUAAGCAGGGAGGGGGCUGGCCUGGCACAGGCAGUGGGGAGGCUGGUGUUGUGGGCUUCCUGCUGGGACUGAGAAGGCUCACGAAGGGCAUCCGUAAUGUUGGUUUCACUGAGAGCUGCCUCCUGGUCUCUUCACCACUGUAGUUCUCUCAUUUUCACACCAUCAGCUGCUUUUAAAAUAAGAUCUCUUUGUAGCCAUCCUAUUAAAUUUAUAAACAAUCUAAUUAAAUGGCAUCAGCACUUUAACCAA